AUGGAGGACCUCGCGACGUCCGCCCCUGAAUGGGCCUCCAAGAUGUUCUGUGGUGCUGGUCACUCUUGGGAUGACCUCAAGUACCUGCGCGAGUACUGGGAUGGACCCAUUGUGCUCAAGGGUAUCAUGGACGUGGAAGAUGCCAAGCUUGCUGUCAAGCACGGCAUGGAUGGUAUUGUCGUCUCGUCGCAUGGUGGUCGCCAGGUGAACGACUCGGUCUCUUCGAUUGAAGUGCUCCCAGAGAUUGUCGAUGCCGUCGGCGACAAGCUGGACGUCCUGUUUGACUCUGGCAUCCGUUCGGGUACGGACAUUGCCAAGGCGCUUGCCUUGGGUGCCAAGAUGGUGCUUGUCGGACGCCCAUGUGUGUAUGGACUGGCCAUGGGUGGCCAGAAGGGUGCGCUCCAUGUGCUCCGCUGUCUCCUUGCUGACUUGGAGCUCUCGAUGCGGCUCUGUGGUGUGGCUUCGAUCGAGAAAGAGGAGCUCAACCCCUCGCGCCUUCGUUUGGUCAAGUAG